AUGUUGGAAUUAGAGAUUUUUAAUUACUUAUUCAAAAAGAUGAUAAUUGUUCUGAUGGAAACAUCUAUCCAUUUGAUGGAUGCUUUGCUAAGAUUUACGAUUGUGUUGAAGAUUGUGCAAAUUGUAUAAGAGGUUUAUGUUUGAAAUGUUAGCAAGGAUGGCAAUAUUAUGAAAAAAAUAAGAAUUGUUUACCAAUAUGUGAUGAUUCAAUAAUUACUUAUUUUGAAGAAAGUGAUGAUAGUAACACAUAUCAAUAUGAUGGGUGUUAUUAAUAUAAAUAUUCUUGUCCAUUGAUGUAUGCAAAUUUGGAAAAUGUAAAAAAUUUUAACCAAGUUACUAAUUAAAAUUCGGACUGUGUAAAUAUAUAUGUGAUGGUUCUGAAGGUUAGGAAGAUUAAGAAAAUAGAAGUUGUUAUAAUAGUAUUAAUAAUUUGA